GUUGACCAUCAAGUUAGCAGGACAACGCGCAGCUAUUUUGUAUCUUGUUUCGAUUAUUGUUUACCGGUUUAUAGAAACGCGUAAUUCGAAUUUAUCGUUUUUCAACGGACUUUUUAACAAUAAUUACCAGCAUGAUCAACUUCAGAAUAUUUAUCACCUUGAUUGUAACAUCAUUAACAUCUGCCCAAAUAAAUGUGGGAAGCGGUGGUCAAUAUGGCAGCUUUUACCCUCGUACCACUCAACUGGAAGACUAUUGUUACAGACAAGAUGAGGAACCAUACAUCUAUUUUGCAUCGAAAACUUCCUAUGACAGUUUAACUAGAAGAGGCGGACAACAACACAUUGUGCCAGGUUGUAAGCCGAUUCAAUUUUGGUCUCUCAACCGCCAAGGAACUAGACUGCCGGAAGCUGAUGAAAUUCAAAGAUUACGCAGGCUGCAAGAGCUCAAAGAUGAAAUAGUGAGGAAUUAUGAAGAGAGAAAAUCGUAUCCAGAUACUGGAAAACUUUGCUUUGAUGAUUAUAAUUUAUUGAGAAGAUGGAGAUGGAACGAUUCAAUUACAGAAGAACGCGCUUCGUCUUUGACCCAACAAGGAAUCAACGAACUGAAACUUUUGGCCAGGAAAUAUAGAACCAAGUUUCCUCAUUUAUUUAAUCAGCCUUACAACGAUCAAAUUUACUAUUUUCAAUACGAUAUGAGUGACCAAGCCCACGACAGCUAUCAAGCCUAUAUCGAAGGCUUAUUUGAUCAAGAAUUCUAUAGAGUCCACGCAAACACUUAUGGAAGCAAUGUGCAACUCAAAGAUCCAAGAAAUUGUAAAGAAUGGCAAGAAAAAGUAGAAAACAACACUGAACUUCAAGAAGAACAUCGAAAAUUCCAAACAUCCGAAGAAUAUCGCAACAUGGCCAGACAAGUUUUCAUGAGACUAGGUUUCCGCUAUAAUUUAAAUGAAUCCUUAAUACAAGACAUUUAUGAUAUGUGUCGCUAUAAUAAGGCUUGGCAAGUAGACCAACCUUCUCCAUGGUGUGUAGCUUUCACAAAAGACCAACUGAAGUUCCUCGAAUACGGAGAAGACUUAAAAGACUACUACAAUACAGGCUAUGGUAAUGAUUUGGUUAAAAACCUUGGAUGUGGACCUAUCCAGGAUAUGUACAGGAAAUUUGAACAAACCGUCCAUGGCUAUCCCGAUGGAAAUAAGGUUUCAGCCUUAUUCACUCACUCUGGCACAAUGCAAGCUGUAUUUUCAACUUUGGGAAUCAACAAAGAUUCAUAUCCUUUGACUGCUGACAAUUACAACAGGCAACAAAAAAGGAUGUGGAGAACGUCUUUGAUUAGCCCUUUUGCCGCUAAUUUAGCUGCAGUACUUUAUGAAUGUCAGAAUAGUAAUCAACAAGGUAACAGAUUCAAAGUAAUGUUUUUCCUCAACGAAGUACCGAUUGAAGAAUUUCUGGGUUGUUCGGUGGGCUUAUGCGAUUGGGCUACUGUUGAGCAAAACUUUUUGCAGUUGGUUGAAGAUUGCAAUGUGGAAGCUUACUGCGAAGGUCUGAGCUCUGCUGACAAAAUCUACUUCUCAUUGCCUUUGUUGAUGAUGAAUUUGCUAAUUUGGAAGCAGCACUUUUGGUAAUUAAUUUCAUUUUGGCUCCAGUGCAAUUGAAAUGAGUCUUUAUAAUCCAAAGAUUAGUAUUCAGUGUGUGAUUUUUAUGUCAUGUAGAUUUAGGACGAUAAUAAUGAUUAACACUAUUAGUUUAUAGUGAAUAUGUGUUUUACUUAAUUCACAUUUUUUUGUAUGUACAGUGUAGUUGUAUGUUAAUUUCUCAGUUUCUGUAUUUAAUACAAUUUAACAAAUUUUUUGAAUGCAUUUUACUGCUUAUUAUUUUAAUAUAUAUAUUUUUUUAAGUUAUAUUCAUUAAAUCCAUUUAUUAUUAAGUUUAUAUAAGUGUACAUUUGUGAUUUAUUUUAAUUAUUAUAUGUAGUUUAAUAUUUGCUCUAUAGAUUUAGUUGUGUAAUAAACCUAAUGUUGUUAUUAAAAGAAUAAUUAUUAUACUAAAUAAACUUUAUUGUUGGUAAAACAUAAUAAUAAUGUGAUAUUUACAUAACUAAAUUAAAUAGUUACAAAUAUGCAAAUAUCCUAUAAAAAGUAUAUUUAUUAAUAAAAAAUAAAAUAGAACAAAAAACAAAUAGAAAAAAAAACACGGAUAAAACAAAAUUUGAAGUUAAAUAACGUAAUAAUUGAAAAUUGCACAUAUAUAAUGAUAAACAAACUACAAUAAUUAAUAACUUACUAAAUAAAGCAAAAUAACAAAUCACAACAAAUGACUAAAAAGAAAUAUACUUUAUAUAGAUAGAAAUUAACAAAGAAGAUUCAAAGAACUAUUGGUUUUUCUCAAUUGCGCCCUCCAAGGAAUAAUGUUGGGUUCCUCGUCAGAAGGCUCCUCGUCCAAAGAAUUAGUACUCAUGGACAUAUUGUUGUCUUCUUCAUACUCUUUUGUAUGGUUGUUAUUUAAAUCGUGUCUUUUCUCUUCAUUAUUUGGCAUUUGUUGUCUUAUUUCGUGCAUUUUUACUUUGGGUUCGUCUACUA